ACGGCAUUUUAUCUGCAUUUCACCAAGUCCAAUUUAUAGCAGGAAACCAAAGUUCAGUGUUUAAAGGCGCGCAUGAAUGUCCUUUAGUUCUGCUCUGCCUCGGGUAGAACGCCUCGCAGUCCUUUUCAGCCGUCACAACUACAGGUUAACCCUUCGGAACCAAUGUCGUCCCAAAACCAUCAAUGUCCCCUUUCAUUCCACCGCGAAGCGAUGGACGACACCAGUAGAAAGCCCGUCUUUGCCUUUGAAAGAUAUCCUAGAGAAGCUUCAUCUUUCAGUAUGGUUGAAUAACGUUGCAGGGGUACACCAAUAUUAUCCUGCUCUUAUGAUAGCCUAUGCAAGGCUUAAAAAAUCGUUAAGGAACUCCGUGGAACAACCUCCCCUCAGCCGCGCCCAAAUAUCUGACAUCCUAAACACGCUCGCUGUCUCUGCCAGACCCUUUGACCUCGAGUUGAUAGAGAAGAUACUUGCGGACAUGUCUAAGGUAUUCGGAUUCGAAGUCAAAGCGUCUAUCCACAACGCUAUCGUU